GCCACGCCGACUCCGCCGGCUGAUUUCUGCGAGUAAACUCAACGCGACCAUCUGUGCACAUCUCUUUCUCUCCACAUCAUGAAACUGGCAAUCCUUUUUAUUGCGGUGGCGUCGACCGCGUGGGCGCAGACGCAGAAAAAUGUCGAAAGGCCCAUUCGCGCGCCGCAGAGACAAAUCAAGUACAGCGAACUUGACGGCUCGAAGGUCAACUGGCGAUACGUCGCGCCCCAAACUCAAUGGCGAUCGCAACGUGCCGAAGGCGGCUCGUCUCUUCGUCUUCGACAAACUCAGCAGGAGGCACCGCAGCAGCAUCGCACUCCGGCGCCACAACCCCAACAACAACAGGUCCAGCAGCUCCAGCCGAUCUCGCCUCAACAAUUCUACAGGCCGUACUCAUCGGUGCCGACUCACAUUAAACAGCUAAUUGAGACGACCUACCAGUCACAGGCACCCUACGUCGAUCCCUCGUCUUUCCUCUAUAAUACAAACUAUGUGGCGCCGGAACAAUACCAGCAACAACAGCAACCGGCUCAAGCCGCUUCUGAACUUCCUUAUUCCGCUUACCUGCGUCCUUCCGAAAGAUAUCAGUCAAUCGAUCCUCAGGCAGCUCAAUCCGCAUACAACGAAUACAACGAGAGAAGAGUCGAACGUCAAGACAGAAUUCUGUACAGGGAUAACUAUGAGCAACAACAGCAACAACAGCAACAACAGGAACAACAACAGCAACAACAGCAACAACAACCGAUUUAUCAGAUCGCAAGAUCGCCUCUAGCAGCCGUACCCGAACCUCCGGCACCAGUUUUGUAUCUGGACAAGAAUAUGCCUUCGGAGAUCAAGCAACUGUUGCAGUAUCAGGCGCAGAUACCGUAUGACGUUACCGCAAAUCGCAUUCAGUACACGCCAAAGAACGUCUUUAUUCCACAACCGCUGUCCGACGACGUCAAGGGACCUUAUUAUUAUCGCAGCAAAGUUUACUACGCAAACGACAAUGUUGAGCCGAAAUAUUCGCAAGACAAGCCGGUCGAGGAGGAUCGUCAAUGAUCCAAAACAAUUUUUUUUAUUGUGAAAUCUUCGAUUUACGAUCGGUUAAUAAUUUUUAUUAAUUUAAACGCGAUAAAUUUUCUUCGAAAGAAGAAACAACUCUGGUUAGCUCUGGAAUUUCGAGUUGAAAUCCAUUUCUAUAUAUUCGCGGAAAUGUCUUUCAGCGACUCAUCGAGAGUUUUUUUUUGUUUAAUUAAAACCGCGCAUUUAAAUUAUUGCAUCGCUUGUUGAUUACUUUAGUAAUGUAACGACUCGCACUACCGUGUAUUCGACUAGCAACUUUGUUACAAUGUUUUUCUUAUUGACAAGCGGAAACAGAUAAACGACAUUUUAUUACCAACACAAUGAUUAGAACAAACUUAGUGUUAGAAAUAUAGUCUAAUAAUGUAGAAUAUAGUUUGUUAGAAAGAAAGUUUGCGCGAUAGAAGAAGAAAAUGAAUAGAAUGAAAAAUCGAUCUACAACAAGUAUUUAAAGCAAAAUUAAUGAACACUUAUGUUUAAGAACACCAAUCGUUUCUUCCUGGUUGAUUUCUUUUUUCGAUCGAGUGUUUUCUUUAUUUUAUACGUACUUAUGAAACUAUAUAUUCGACGAUGUGGUUGCAACGUAAUGGAAUGUUUAUUUUGACAGCGCAAAGAAAUAGAAUUUUUUUUGUACGAAAUAAAUAAAUCACUUCCGCUUCUGGCA